UACAGUCACACGCUGAAGUGACGUAACCCGUAAGGCUAUAAAUAUAGGGGUUUUGCACAAGCUCCGGCUAGAAGCGGAACGAAACCGUUUUGGUUUGUUGAGUUUAGCGGAGCGAGAAAUAUUAAUUAUUCGGCGCAUCUCAAUCACCUUAUAAGGUCACAAUGCAGAUCUUUGUCAAAACCCUGACUGGCAAGACCAUUACCCUAGAGGUAGAGCCAAGUGACACUAUUGAGAAUGUCAAAGCAAAGAUCCAAGACAAAGAAGGUAUCCCUCCAGACCAGCAGAGGUUGAUCUUUGCCGGCAAGCAGCUGGAAGAUGGGCGCACCCUUUCAGACUACAAUAUCCAGAAAGAAUCAACCCUGCAUCUUGUGCUUCGUCUGAGGGGUGGCAUGCAGAUUUUUGUCAAAACCCUGACUGGCAAGACCAUUACCCUAGAGGUAGAGCCAAGUGACACAAUAGAGAAUGUCAAAGCAAAGAUCCAAGACAAAGAAGGUAUCCCUCCAGACCAGCAGAGGUUGAUCUUUGCCGGCAAGCAGCUGGAAGAUGGGCGCACCCUUUCCGACUACAAUAUCCAGAAAGAAUCCACCCUGCAUCUUGUGCUUCGUCUGAGGGGUGGCAUGCAGAUCUUUGUCAAAACCCUGACUGGCAAGACCAUUACAUUGGAGGUGGAGCCAAGUGACACAAUUGAGAAUGUCAAAGCAAAGAUCCAAGACAAAGAAGGUAUCCCUCCAGACCAGCAGAGGUUGAUCUUUGCCGGCAAGCAGCUGGAAGAUGGGCGCACCCUUUCUGACUACAAUAUCCAGAAAGAAUCCACCCUGCAUCUUGUGCUUCGUCUGAGGGGUGGCAUGCAGAUCUUUGUCAAAACCCUGACUGGCAAGACCAUUACAUUGGAGGUGGAGCCAAGUGACACAAUAGAGAAUGUCAAAGCAAAGAUCCAAGACAAAGAAGGUAUCCCUCCAGACCAGCAGAGGUUGAUCUUUGCCGGCAAGCAGCUGGAAGAUGGGCGCACCCUUUCUGACUACAAUAUCCAGAAAGAAUCCACCCUGCAUCUUGUGCUUCGUCUGAGGGGUGGCAUGCAGAUCUUUGUCAAAACCCUGACUGGCAAGACCAUUACAUUGGAGGUGGAGCCAAGUGACACAAUAGAGAAUGUCAAAGCAAAGAUCCAAGACAAAGAAGGUAUCCCUCCAGACCAGCAGAGGUUGAUUUUUGCCGGCAAGCAGCUGGAAGAUGGGCGCACCCUUUCUGACUACAAUAUCCAAAAGAAUCCACCCUGCCAUCUUGUGCUUCGUCUGAGGGGUGUGCAGAUCUUUGUCAAAACCCUGACUGGCAAGACCAUUACAUUGGAGGUGGAGCCAAGUGACACAAUAGAGAAUGUCAAAGCAAAGAUCCAAGACAAAGAAGGUAUCCCUCCAGACCAGCAGAGGUUGAUCUUUGCCGGCAAGCAGCUGGAAGAUGGGCGCACCCUUUCCGACUACAAUAUCCAGAAAGAAUCCACCCUGCAUCUUGUGCUUCGUCUGAGGGGUGGAUGUUAAAGUGCAAUGAGACUCUGCUCUGUUUUGUUUUUUAUGUUACCUUUCCUUAAUAGUUAUAUGGUCUAAAUAAAGUUUUCAUUUCUCA